AUAGAUAUGAGAAAUAUCAGAAUGGCAAUCACUUGUUUUUUCUUUUGGCUUUUUUGUAUCAGAUUUUAUUAAAGAUCUCAGCACUAAGAAAGGUGGGAAGUGCAUGAAGAAAUCCAUUUUCGCUAUGGCUUCUUUUUCACUGUACAAUGUAUAAGCACUCUGUGACAUUAUGAACUUAACAUGUUUAAUCAAGAUUGUCUAAGAGAAUUGUGUAUGUCUGGGCAAAUAUUGUGUUCUGUCAAACUCAGAAAACAAAGCAUGGUAGUGCGAAACGUGCAAAUAUAAACAGCAUUUGUUGAUUGAAUGAAAAUCUGUGAUGCUGGCAGCCUCAACAUAUUAUUUUUAGGAAUGAUAUUUAGGGUGGGAAGAACAAACAUUCCAAACUUUGUCAAUGUAUUACCAGUUGUGUAAGUCCAUACUGUCUCUUUUCAUGUGUAUGAUGUCUUUUAGCCUGUAUAAAUAAUAUACUGUAUUUGCAAAAAAUGUUAUCUGGAUUUUUGUUUGCAAAGAUAAGCAGUUUAGGCCUUACACGGUCCAGUCUGACAGCAGAAGGGACAAGUCUCACGGAAAAUAAAAUGCUUAAAAGCGUAACUGCGGCCUACUUUCACUAGUCGAACCUCAGUGUGAAGGAGAAUUUCACUGAUUUUCCAAGAUUUCUAUGCUUAAAUAAUUAGGAGUCAGAACUGUUCACUGGGGUGGUAAUAGGAACCAGACGUCGAACGCUAUCGCAUGAAAUGAUCAGGGAUACGCCUCGGACAUAGGUUUAUGGUAGUUUUGAAAUGAGGUUUUGACCUCGUAAGGAGUUAUUAUUUCAGAUUUACCACUAUUUUAACCGUGUCAACACUAUUUUGAACACUCAGAAAUAUGUACAAGUGUAAUUCAUUCUGGACUGUAUAUAAAAUGGCCAUAUUUGCGAUGGAGACAUCACAACCCCUGGUUCCUAUCACCACCACUGUAAAGAUAUCAAAGAUAUCAAAGUUUCUCUGCAACACACCAUUUCAUAUCAAACCACCCUGAAUAACUUUGUUUACAUCUGAAAGAGUGGAUUUAAGACAUUUUUGAGAAACUAGUGGAGUUCCCCUUUAAAGGCUGUGCAUUUUAACAGGCUAAGGCAAGCUCUUCUCUCAGGAGCAUGGGGUGUGCCUCGAGUUAAGUUCUAAUAGGGAAGGGAACCUACGUGGUGGGAAGCCGUGCUAAACCGGACUGCGUAAAACUGCUGUGUUUAUCUAACUGUCGAAGGUUUCAAGUGAUCCCCACUCACACAGCGCUCAAAGGCCCAAAAGCACCACAAUCAAGGACUGUAUAGUUGCGCUGUUUGACUUCACACCAAUCAUUAAAAAUGGCGGAUAAACUUCAGAAAUUAGUUGCGGACAAAAAAGAUGUGGUGGAGACGGUGAUGGAGGUAUUUGAGCAGGGUGCGGAGGUGGUGGCCAGUAUCGCUGGAGAUUUGUUCCCGGUCUUCUCCAUCGCAGCUCCUAUCGUGAAGCUGGCACUGGAUAACGUGGAGAGCAAAGAAGCGGAAUACAUGAAGGAACAGUUCCAAAGGGUCCGUGAGCGCCUGGAGGUCGUGUCAGAGGAGAUCCAGCGCAUAAACGAGGAGGUCAAGAAAAGCGGGGCGGAUGCUGCUUACUUCUCAGUGGAGGAGAAUCUGACCAACCUGUUCCGCAAGUAUAUGGACAUCCUAAAUGCCAAACCGAAAUUCCGGGAGGCCAAGAAGAAGCAGUUCAUGGAGCACUUCAGCAAGACCGGGGGCGACAAAAAUCUGCACACGCUGUAUAGCGCAGUUACGGGAGAUAACUUUUCCGGAGAGUCUGUGCUGGAGAUCACUCUCAACUAUGAGCAAAAGAGCCGUAGGGCAGUGGAGGACUUUUGUGCCAGGCUGAAGCAGCUGUUCUGCAUAGGCCUCAUUGCCUUGAUGGGCCAUGCGGCCCUCAAAGGCAGCGAAGAUGAGGAGCAGCUGCUGAAAGAGUGGGCCGAGAAGAUGAAGGUGGUCCAGGAGAAAAUGAUCAUUGUCAUCGAAGACUGCAUCAACAGCUUUCCGAGUCAGGCAGAGAUUGACAUCAAGAGGCUUGUGAGGGACAACAGGGACAAGACCAACCAGCAGCUUGCAGACAUGAUUCUGGAAGCCCUGAAGAAGAAGUACGACUGGAUUGGCUGGUCAGUCCGUGUCUUUAACUCACCCACAGGCCUUUUCACCAGCAAGAAGGACUACCAUUGCCCCACAGGAAAAAGCAGGUUUCAAGUGCCUACAUCAGAUGAGAAACUGAACGUUUUUGUUUCUUAUAGUGCUUCUCCAGAACCUCUAGACAAAACCCAGAUCCAACAGUGGGUCGAGGCCCAGAAGAAGCCCUCAGUUACAGAGGUUGCAGAGAUCCUGUUUGAGAAGGUCCCUGUGUGUGUGGUCCAUACCGUCAAGACUUCUUGCAAAGAAAUGGCCUAUGCCUGGAGCUUUAAAGAUGAGCUUCACUUCUUUGAGCAGUACAAGAACUUCUACCUGUUUGUUCAUUCUGCUUAGACACCAGUAGCAUAGAGACUAUAAUGUUUUUUGGACCAAAAAUAAUCACUAAUAUGUUUUUAUGCUGAGUUUAGUCCUCUUUAAGGACUCCUGCUAUGCAUACUUCCCAGUAGGGGUGGGCAAUUUGGCAUAAAGAUAAUCAACACAUUUUCACACAAUGUAAUGUUGCACUAGAUAUAAUGCACCAACAGUGUCACUGUACUAUCUAAAAUACUAUUUUAAUGUAUGAGUAUAAUUAUAUAAUUGUGAUUCAGACUUGCCGUCUUGCAAACAAGGUCAGGAAACCACAGCAACACCUUCUAAACUUUAUUCUACUUUAAUUUAAUUAAAUGUGCCGUUUGUGAGGGUUUCCGAGUGGCACAACUGUCUUAAGUGUUGGCGUUUCAUCAGGAGACUAAGUUUGAUGCCACAGCUGUCCAUGGCUGGGAUCAUAACUGGCCUCGCUCUCUGUGAUUGGGUAGAAGCAGUGGGUCAAACAUCACUCUGUGCAAUGCUAGCCAGUGCUGGUAUCUGUUAGCUGACAUACCACAAACUCCUUCAGGUGCAUUUCAUGUAAUAUCGCUGUAUUUUGAUCAUCAUACACCUUUAUUUAUUAUCACACGUGCAGGCUCAAACAAGAAGGUCUGGCUCGUGGUUUAGUCUCAAAAGCAAAAUCAGCACUAUACUGACAAAGGUAUGAUGACCGUGGAUGUGUCUGAGUAUAUAAGUGAACUAUCUAUCACCAAGUUUUGACCGAGAUCUCUUUAAAUACUCUUUCAGCAUGCGGACAAUCAUCUGAAUGAUCUGCUCGUGAAGGGGUCUGAAGCAUAACUGGUGUUCUUUUGGAUAUUGCAUGCAAUUACACAUAUCCACCAGAGGGGUCUCCAAAUCUCCAAAUUUGACAUAGUGUAGCUUUAAGAAAAGUUAUUAAGUUUGGAAACCCCUGUUCUAGAAGUCCUGACAAUACCUGUGAUAGAGGAGAUGAAAUGAAGCUCAGACCUGGCCAGAACCCAAAAUUUAGAAACCAAUAAUGGUAGAUCUCUAACUCACAACAUGCCCAAAAAGGCUUAUCAAGACACAAGUUAUGAUGAUGAUGAUGAUAACAUUGUCAUAUUGCCCACCCCUAAUCCUCUGCAAAUAGGUUUGCAUAUAUAAAAAAUGUAGAAAAGUAUAAGCAUUAUUCUUACUUUGAGCAGGAAAGAACAAUUAUUUUAGAUAAUAAAGUACAACACUAACAUUCUCUUGUAACGCUGAAGGCGAUUUUGAAGUGAGAACGUCUGAUCUUUGUCAUUGCUAAAUUUACACUGCCUUUGUACUCUGAUAUUUUAAAUAUAGCAGAAGUGCCUUGUAUCUUUUGUCUCGGUUUAUCUAGGAAUAUUUUUGGGGAAAAUCACUCACUAAUCCUAAAAUACAUGAGGAUGUUUUGGAAAGAAAAGAAUAAACCAAUGAAUUGAAGCGAGGAGAUUUAUAUUCUCUUGAUUCAGUAAUGCGAUUGAAGUGCCACCUCUUGAAAAACUGUAAAAAACACAGCCCUGAUUUCUGCUUCUACACCUGUUUGUCCCUCUGUGCUUUUAAAGGGGAGAUGACACUGUGCUCCAUCUAACCUGGAGUUGCUACAUUUCAGCAGGACCAGUCUGGACAUGUUAUAGCACAAUUAGUAUCGUGAAGGGAGAAGAAUUUGUCACCCUAUGAAUGUUUUCCACAGCCCGCUGGAAUGCCAGACGGUUUAUCAGGCGGGUUUGUUGUUUUUUCUGUCUUUGAGCCACGUAACCGACUGAGAUGUGCCUCCACAAUGUUACUCAUGGAACUAUGCAGCCAGAAUUGCACUGAUUGACACUAGUUUUGGUGGUUGUUGUGGGCUGUUGUGCUUACUUGAUUCAGAUAUGUACAUCAUGUCCUCGACACAGUUAUUGCCAAACGUGUGUAGCAUAAAAGAGAAAUUUGUGGUGGUGUAUUAUGUUCUACUUGUGGAAAUGUGCAUAUUUGGAUUAAGUAAAUUCAUCAUGCAUCAUUUUUUUUCCUAUAUUUUUUUAAUUAGCCAGUGUCAUGCAAAAAGUGUCCAAAUUCUGGCCUUCAGCAUGGAUAACAACACCGUCAGUGGGUUUGUUGCAACUGUUUGCCAAGUGCCAGGUGUUUUACGCUGUUAAACGAAUGCCCUUUGGUCAUUUGAUCUGUUUUAUUGACCACUAUUGAGAGCGUCUCGGAUAUAUGCGCGAGAAUUCGGCCGUCCUUUCUGCUUCUGAGCAAAGUGAUUGAGACUUUGUUUGGAUGUUACUCAAGCCUGGCUGGAUUUAAUUAUUAUGCUUAUACGUUUUGUGCCUCAAACACAUUUUGAAGGUUUUUUCUUUUCUGCUCUCCUGUAAAAUGUUCUUUUUGAAAUAAAUAUGAUGUGUGACAUUAGGUUUAGUCCAUUCAUUCCAGCCAGUGGCAUGACUAGGAUCUUUAGAGGCCCCAGUGAAAAACAAAUAAUGAGACCCCAAAUGCAAAAAUGACAUGAAGUGAAUAAAAAUGACAGUGUAAUUUGCUUGUUUACUGGCUGUUGUACCUCAGACCUGAUGCUUUCUCAGGCCUGUCACUCCACCCACCGGUAUGCACUGUUAACCUAAAUGUUUACAGUAUAUCACCUAUUUUAAAUCACAACAAUCAGGUUAUAUUUAGCUCUCUGACACGCCGCUGGCCAAGGGGGAAGGCUAUGUAGAUCGCUUGCUGUGCAACCGACAUAUUUUGAUAACGUAGAUGUUUUUCAUAUAUUAUUUGAAUGGAAUCAUCUUGAUUUUGGAUUUAUACAUAACGAAUGUAUAAUCUGACAGAUUGCAGAUGUCCCGCUUGAAGGUGGUCACCGUGGAUGAGCCUUUCAAUUGAUGUUAUAAAUAAGAGGGAGAUGCAUGUCUGGCACUUCUGUCUGAUGUUUUGAUGCGUCAGAUUGUGGAUCACCCUUCAACUUUAUUAGGUUUUGAAUUUUCAGAGGUGGGUUUUCCGAGAAGAAGAUGGUUUAGGCUGAUUCUGUUACCAAACUAAUUCUGACAAAUCCACUCAGUCGUCCAAUCCGCUCUACAGUCUGGCUGUUUUGCGCAUGCAUUGGCGCUCAGAACGCUCCUUUAUUUUGUAAUAGAACUUUUUUUUUUCUGUUGACACAAUUUUUCCCCACAUGAAGUUAAAAUUGUAGUUGCAAAGGACUCCAUACAGCAAGCACACAGUGUUCCUCCUUAAGCUUGUAGUGCCUGUAAAGUCUCUUAUGUUUUUCCUUUGUUUUUCUUACAUUUGCUCUGUAUUUUAGAUUGGAUUGCAGUGGGGCGGUCACUAUUAUAUUCAUAAUUCCUCUAAUGAAUUAAAUGGUUUGCUCCAGUGUGUUAAAUUCAGCCAAUAAACAGUAGCUGUGUAUUAAAA